CGAACUGUUGGAAAACAAAAUAUAGCACAGAAGAUGCUCCAUUUGUGAUUGAAAAGUGUACAGCUGUAAAGAUUAAUAUUUUUUACGAUAGUGAAUACCGUAAGGUAUCGAAAGUAAACAUACAAUUGCUCGUCGUAGACGCAACAAAAUGUCUCCCUCGGAAACGUCGGCUUGUGAGGAUUUAAAAGCGUUCGAGAGGCGACUAACGGAAGUUAUUGCUUGCCUGCAGCCACCGACGCUUCGGUGGAGACUGCUGUUGGGUGUAACUGCCCUAGUAACAUUCGUCGGUGCAUUCUACUGGCUCACCGAUCCUCGCACUUCGAUCGUGCCGCUGAUAGAAUCCCUUUUAAAUCAUUCAAUUUUUACAAUAUCUACAAUCGUCUUAUUGGUCCUCUUUGUAUUCGGAAUACACAAACUGGUGAUUGCCCCGCAAAUCAUCACCUCACGGACGCGUAACGUGCUAGCUGAGUUUAACAUGUCCUGCGACGAAACCGGCAAACUUAUAGUGCGCCCAAGACCAAACAACAACGCACGAUACAUGGAUAUGAGCUAAGCAGAUCCCUUUCCUAAAC